GGCAGAUUGAUGGGAUGGGCCAUGAGGACUCGGUUCGUGGUAUAGACAUAAACAUAUCGUCAGCGCCAUCGGUGGGGGGUCAGCAAAAAGACAGCAUCUCAACGUUCAUCUCCCGCUGUUGACUCGUGGCGCAGUGCUGGUGGUGCCGCGUGCCGCACACUUUCCUCUGGUCCUCGUCCUCCUCUCCUCAGGCUCGGUCGUGCGUCGGUCUCCAUCUCUCCCAUAUAUCGAUUUGCUUGCGAAGCCUAUCGCACUUCCCUUCUUUUCAUUGUCCACCACAGUCGGGCCGCAAGCCGAGCCGAUCAGACUCAAACUGUCGCUCAUCCUCCUUCCCUACAAGUGAGAGCGUCGCUCGGUGAAACGCCAGGCACACUACUCUCUCCUUCCUUUCGCUUAAGGGCGUCAUCAAGUACCCGCCAAUCAACAGCCAGCAUGAUGCUCGCUUCUUUCUCAUAUCCAGCUGGCGGUCUGUACACUGUGACUAUCGCGGCGUGCACGCUCCUGUCGCUCACGUCAGCCUCCUCCGCAGCUGGCGUCGGUAGGGCAAACCCUGCAUCACCGGCUGCAGCGGGGGCAGCAGUACUCCUCUCGCCGCCAUCAUCAGCAGCACCGCUACGGAAUCAUGCAGCGGCAGAGUGGACUGCGCGAGAUACUGCUAUUUCUGCUGCCACUACUUCAUCCUCUGCGCCAUUGAGCCUUCCGCUGCAGCGGCGGCACGUCCCUAACUCACACGAGUACGUGCAGCUCACCACAGCGGAGUGGGCGGGUCGACAAGUGCAGGCGCUACGCCAAAAAUACAGUGUCACUCCUCGCAACCCUCUCGAACAGGAUGCGAUUGCGCCAUCAUCAAUACAGAAGCGAGACGCACUAGCAGCCAGUAUACCAAUGUACAACGUUGCUGCCGACACGUCCUUCUACACGACUGUCAGCAUCGGUACGCCCGGACAGGACUUCAAGGUCGUCCUGGACACCGGCUCGUCGGACACAUGGGUCAGCAGCGCCUACUUCUCACCCUCGCAGUCGUCAACGUUCAACUCAUCCAGCCCGCCAACACCGUUCAGCAUCCAGUACGGCGGGGGUCAGGUGCAGGGCAUACUCGGGACGGACCAGAUGCUGCUCGCCAACCAUAUCGUCACGGGCCAGACGUUCGCCGUCGCCAACACCAUCUCAGGCGGGCUACUCAAUGGACAGGUACAGGGCGUCAUGGGCAUGGCGUUCGCGACGCUCAGUACCAGCGGACAAAACCCGCUGUGGUACGGCGCUGCACUGAGCGAUCAGACAUUUGCAUACUACUUCGGGCGCAACUCGGGCCCAUCUGCCUCCCCUACUGCGGGGGGCAUUUUCACAUUAGGCGGGACGAACACCACGCUCUACCAGGGUGACAUUAAAUGGGUCAAUGUCAUCCACCCGAAAUAUUGGCUCGUCACGCUCGGCGGUGUCUCCGUGCUCGGCAAGCCCGUCUCGCUUGGGUCGACGGUGAAAGCGGCGAUCGACACUGGCACGACGCUGAUCGGAGGCCCAGACGACGUCAUCGAAGCGCUGUACAAGUCCAUCCCGGGCUCAGUGCCCCUACGCGUGCAAAAGGGAUUCUACACGUACCCGUGCUCGUCAACGAUCAACGCGACGAUGACGUUCGGUGACCAGCAGUACUCGAUCCCGGACGCGUCGUUCGCCGCGCAGACGCUCGGCGGCGGAAUGUGUAUGGGCGCUUUCUUCGGCCUCGGCGCGAGCGGCGGCGAUGACGCGCAGUGGAUCGUCGGCACCAACUUCCUCAGCAGCCUCUACACCAUCUUCACAAUCAAUGACAACAAGCCGCGCGUCGGCUUUGCCAGCCUGGCUGCCAACACGACCAAUGACCAGACCGUCUCGACAACCGUCCAGGCUGCUCCAGACGCCAAUGCCGCCGUCGGCUUGCUGCGGGCAGCGCCUGCCGCCGCGCUGCUCUCUUUCGCAUUUGUUGGUAUUGCUGCAUCACAUGUUUUCUGAAAGGCGGCACUCUCUUUCCAUCUCUCGUCCCUUUCGCUCCAUUAUCCAUACCAGUCAUUAAUCACACAGAGAUAAUUUAGAUGCUACUGUUGCUUGGGAUAUCUGCAAUGAACUUCAUCUCAUU